UUCGUGAUUUCAAACGACUUCUAAUUUUGAAUUCUAUAUACAUCCACACAAAGAACGAAGUAAAGUAUCUUAACAGAAAAAGAUAUUCUAAUUUUAUUUACGUUUUAUUUAUUAUGUGAUAUUAGAAUUAUCUCGUAAAUUAUUUCACUCUGUUAAAUCAUAAGAACAUUCAUAAAUAGACACAUACGUCAAAAUGAAUGAGGGAAACGUGUUACACAUAGAGAUAUGUCAAAAUGCCACCAGCACUUUAUCGGGAGAAGUAAUUAAAAAGGCAGUAAAUGCAGAACUUAUGUCGAUGAAUGAGAUUUCUCUCGAUAUUAUUCUACGUGGUAAAGAUUUUGUGAAUAUAAUUAUACAGAAUCAUAUUGAAUCUAUAAUAUGUUCAUCAAAUUAUGUAGAGAAAGGGAAAAUAAAAAUUCAAGGUGUCGUUAUUAAAUAUUAUAUCUAUAGACUGACACAGGAGGGUGCUGCGACAGAAACAAUUAAAUAUGACUCUGAUGAAUUGUCAGUUGCAUCUCAUUGGGUGUUACCUGCUCAGGAAUUUCACUAUAUGUGGGAGAAUCUGUAUUAUGAUUGUGAUAUAAAGAAUAAUUUAUUGCGUUUUGUGGAGACAACAAUGUUGUUUUCCGAUCUUGCAGUUAAUUCUAACAUUAUAAGUUGGAAUAAAGUGGUAUUGUUGCACGGUCCUCCAGGUACAGGCAAAACCAGUAUGUGCAAAGCUCUAGCUCAAAAAGCUGUAAUUCGUAUGGCAGAUCGCUUCACUCAUGGAGAAUUAAUAGAGAUUAAUAGUCACAGCCUAUUUUCAAAAUGGUUUUCCGAAAGUGGGAAACUUGUUAUGAAGCUCUUUGAUGAAAUAAAAAAUUUGGUGCAAGACGAGAAAUCACUGAUAUGCAUUUUAAUUGAUGAGGUAGAAUCAUUAGCGCACGCACGUAAAUCGUGCAGCAACGGAACUGAACCAUCUGAUUCUAUACGUGUUGUAAACGCGCUGCUCACGCAAUUGGAUCAAAUCAAGCAGUAUUCGAAUGUUUUAAUCUUAACGACGAGCAACAUGACGGAAGCCAUAGAUAUUGCGUUUGUCGAUCGAGCUGACAUCAAGCAACAUCUUGGAUAUCCAUCCGAAGUAGCUAUAUAUAAUAUUUAUCAUUCAUGCCUGAAGGAAUUAAUGAGAACUGGAAUUUUAGAGUCUGAAGAGAUAUGCGAUAUUUCGCAGUUAAAGCUAUUCGGAUACACGGAGGAUUCAAAUACCAAAAACAGUUUGAAAUUGUUGGAACUUAGUCGUGGUAGCGAAGGAUUGACCGGUCGCACUUUAAGGAAGAUACCAUUUUUGACGCAUGCUCUUCAUUUAUGCGCAGACAAAACUACACUGUCCAAAUUUCUGAAGGCCAUGUACUCGGCUAUUUUGAAAGUUCAACAGGAAAACGAAUUGCAGCCAUAAAUAUAGAAAGAGAAAGACCGAUUGUUUACGUACAGCGAAUGUCCAGUCGCGACUCCACAGUGGCCGGGGUUAAACUCGCCGGAUGCACGGUCACACAUCGGAUCGGCAGACCGUGAUUCUCCCUCUGACCACGCACCCGUAGACGACUAUGAGCAGCCCAGGUCUUCCGAUUAUCCACCUCCGUUGCGUUGUUCUGCUCCCCCAAAGGUUCCACCUCCUUGUUCCCUAUGAACCUGCCCGACAAAUUUGCCGACGUUACAAGUAUGUAAGAGAAACCUUAACACCUCAUUUAAUUUUUAAACAGGCUCGAUGAACGGAUUUAUAAUCCACGAAUUAGUUAUGGACGGUUGAAAAUUAAGGGUUCGCGCGACAAAAAUAAUGAACCCCUUUUGUUGAAAAAAAAAACCGAUUCAAAUUAUUUAAGGGGUUAUACCUAUCCACGAGAAAAAACAUGUAUUUUUAGGAUUUUGGUUUUGAAA